AUGUCAAACAAUGAUAUAUCUGCCACUACUUUACCUAUUGUCGAUGCUCAUCAUCAUUUGUGGAACUUGAGUGAUCCAAAUCAUCACUAUACAUUUUUGCGCCCGGACACACCCAAUGAUUUUAUAGCAGGCGAUCGCAGGCCUCUCAAAUCAACCUAUUCAAUUCAAGAUUAUAUCAAGGAUACUGGCCCAUAUAAUGUGGUCAAAUCAGUACAUGUUGAAGCAGCCUAUGAUAUACAUGCCGAUCCAUGGGGUGAUAUUGAAUGGCUAUAUGAACAAGCCAAGACAAAUAAGAAUCAACUACCCAAUGUGCUAGUAGCACAUGCUAAUUUGGCUGAUGACCAAGUGCGUGAAAGACUUGCGACGUUAACGAAUCGAUUUGAUAAAGUGCGAGGUAUUCGACACUUGAUCAAUUGGUUAGAUAGCAAGGAGAGUAAAUACACAUUGUGUGAUCGACCUGAUUAUUUGACUGAUGAUAAAUGGAAACAAGGAUUUGGUUUAUUGAAUCAGUAUGGAUUGUCGUUUGAUUUAGCAAUCUAUCAUCAUCAGAUGAAUGAUGCUGCUCAGCUCGCACGGGAAAACUUAGACACAACUAUCAUUCUUGAUCAUUGUGGUAUGCCCUAUGAUAAUAUGGUCUCAAUAAAUCAAUGGAAAGCAGGUAUGGCUGCCUUGGCUCAACAGCCUAAUGUAUCAUGUAAGCUAAGUGGUCUUGUCAUGUUUCAACAUAAUUGGACAGUCGAAUCUCUUCGACCCUUUUUGGAAUACACAUUGAAUGUAUUUGGCGUCGAUCGAUGUCUUUUUGCAUCAAAUUUUCCAGUUGAUAAACUUCAUGCAACAUUCGGACAACUUGUUGAAGUCAAUUUGCAAGUGGCCAAGGAAGUAGGAUUAAGCAAACAAGAAAUUGAACGUAUAUUUCAUGACAAUGCUUGUCGUAUCUAUCGACUGUGA